AUGAUCAUUGUGCCGCUAGAGGCAUGUUUCGGUGGUUUGGACGGUCUCGGUGAUAUGGGGGGUCUUGGCGCUAUGGAGUUUUUAGCGGUGGGCGAUUUUGGUCGUAGUAGCAUUUUAUUUGUUGUUGCGGAAAGUAAUGAGUAGUU